GUAGACUGAUUAUUAGGGUUCGAAUCUCCGUAAAUGUAUAGUCCUUGAUAAAUCAAACUGGAAGCCGACUAGGGUUCGAACCUCCUGAAGCUAACAAAAAUUGGAAUUUACGAAGCAUUGCGAAGGAAGGAGAGUGGCAAUGGAAGAGCUUCCACAUCAAGCAGAAGCAUCCAUGGGCACUAGCUGCAAGAAGGGGAAGAAGAAAUCAGUGAGUCUGGAGGAACCGCUGAAAAGAGCUAAGAAGAAAGCCGGGGCUACUUCAGUCAACGAAGUGCAGCCUACAGGUCGUUUAGAUGACUUCCGGGUGAAGGUUUCAGAGUUUGAUCAUUGUGUUGAAAAUCAUUUUAGAGCCAUUGAUGCAAUUGCCGAGCUCUAUGGCGAGGCAGAAAAUGGCGAAGGCGGAGUUGAUGAAAGUGACUUUCAGCGGUUUUCGUCCUCCACAACUUUCUUAAGGGAAUGGAAGUUCUACAAUUAUGAGCCGAAAACCGUCAAGUUUACAAGCGAUUCGAGAGUUCCUGAGGGUAAGGAUGCUGAUAUCACGAUGGAAUUGCCACAGUUUUCUUCUGCGGCUGUUCUAAAGAAUGGAGCACCACCCGGAGCCACUACAUCUCUGGACUUUAGAAACUUUAUCAUGCAUGUUGGUGGGCCUGUUUGGGCCAUAGAUUGGUGUCCUCUAGUUCAUGAAAGGACCGACUCCCUUAUCAAAUGUGAGUUUAUUGCUGUUUCUGCUCAUCCACCUGGCUCUUCUUAUCACACGAUGGGCAUCCCGCUCAGUGGAAGAGGUAUGGUGCAGAUAUGGUGCUUAGUGCAUGGCACCGAAAGCCAUGAAUCAGAAACGACCAAUGCAACAGAGUGCAAGGCUUCAGACUUAUCUCAACCAAAGAGGCCUAGAGGAAGACCCCCAGGGCGCAAGAAAAAUGGGGCGUCUGCCUUAUCAUCUCAACAAAAGAGACCUAGAGGAAGGCCUAAAAAGAAACAAGAAGAACCUAAUGAUAACGAGGUUGCCAGUUACCAACUUGUUCAGCCCCUUUCUGUUGAAUACCCAGAUGUUUCAUCCAACUUGCUUGAGAUUGAUGACGUCCCCCACAAUUCUGAAAAACUUGUAUCACUGGAAAACAGUGUUGAAAGAGGGAGCAGUACCAUUGAAGAAAUUUCUACGUGCAAUUCUGAAGAUGAAGUUCCUGUGCAGAAGAGAAGAGAGAGAAGAAAUGCUGAUACUAAGAAUCAUGUUGAUGAUGUGGGAACGUUAUGUAAGAACAUAUCAGAGAAUGCUAUUUUAGACACUGGCUCAACUGGAUUUUCUAUUCCGGAGAGUGUUGCUUUGCCUAGACUAGUAUUGUGCUUAGCUCACAAUGGAAAGGUAGCGUGGGAUUUGAAAUGGAAGCCAACUAAUGCGCGUACUACCAAGUGCAAGCAAAGAAUGGGCUACCUUGCUGUUUUGCUGGGCAACGGAUCUCUAGAAGUUUGGGAGAUUCCUUUUCCCCAUGUAGUGAAGGCCAUCUAUUCUAAUCUCAAUGGGGAGGGUACAGAUCCUCGCUUUGUGAAGUUGAAGCCUACUUUCAGAUGCUCGAUGUUGAGAAGUGCAGAUACACAGAGCAUCCCUCUGACAGUGGAAUGGUCGCCAACACCUCCUUAUGAUUAUCUACUCGCUGGAUGUCAUGAUGGAACGGUCGCCUUGUGGAAGUUUUCUGCAAAUAGUACCGCUGAAGAUACGAGGCCUUUACUUCGUUUUAGUGCCGACACAGUUCCAAUAAGAGCGGUUGCAUGGGCACCAAGUGAAAGUGAGCCCGAAAGUGAAAAUGUGAUACUAAUUGCUAGUCAUGGAGGCAUAAAAUUUUGGGACCUAAGAGAUCCUUUCCGUCCCUUGUGGGACCUUCAUCCGGCACCAAGGAUAAUAUAUAGUUUGGAUUGGCUUCCUAAUCCUAGAUGCGUCUUUUUAUCCUUUGAUGAUGGAACAUUGAGACUUCUCAGUUUGCUAAAGGCUGCAUAUGAUGUUCCAGUAACUGGUCAACCCUUCACAGCAAUAAAACAAAAAGGUUUACACACUUACUGUUGUUCACCAUUUGCUAUCUGGAGUAUUCAAGUAUCAAGGCAGACAGGCAUGGUUGCUUACUGCGGUGCUGACGGAGCUGUUGUCCGUUUCCAGCUUACUACGAAAGCAGUAGACAAAGAAAAUUCACGCAACCGCACCCCACAUUUUGUAUGCGAAUAUUUAACCGAGGAGCAAUCAAUUAUUACAAUCCACUCUCCAGCAUCAGAUGUUCCAAUCCCUUUGAAAAAGCUGUCCAACAAAUCUGAACAGCCAUUGUCCAUGCGAGCUAUUCUAUCUGAUUCCAUGCAGCCAAAUGAAGGAAAUGAUAAAAGUGCCACAACUUCAGCAUUGGAAAAUGAAUCAGCCCUUUGCUAUGAUGAUGAUGUCGGCGUUGAAUCUGGAUCUGAGGAUACGCCGAUGUCUAUUCAGAAUAAAAACCAAACUCAAUCAAAGAGCAAGAAGAAGGGAGUGGUCAACCAAGAAUUGGAACAUAGCCAUGAGCCUAGUGAUUCACAGACAGAUGAUGACGUAGUGCCUGGUUUGGGGGAUCACUUCGAAAAUUUCCCCCCCAAAUCAGUUGCAUUGCAUAGACUGAGAUGGAACAUGAACAUUGGGAGUGAAAGAUGGCUGUGCUAUGGGGGAGCAGCUGGAAUUCUACGCUGUCAGGAGAUUGUGCUGUCUGCCCUCGAUAAGAAGUUGAUGGCAAAGAAAUGAACUUUACUCGAAAAAAUGGCUUUGCCAAAAUGUUUGUGCAGCUGAUUUUCAUGAGGCGACGCUUGCUCAAUUCAGUGUACAGUCAAUUAGAUCAGAAACCAUGGUGCCUUCAUCCUUGAGGGGCCAAAUUAUGGGAGCAGCCAAAGGAAUCAGAGAGCAUGACCUUAGGAUAACUGAAGACCAUUAACUGUGGAAAUUAGUUGAAAGGAGUUCAAGAGCCGAAGCAGAUGAUUUGAUCUGGGUUUUGGGUUCAGUUGAAAAGCAACGAGAAAAGAAUUGUUGGAGGAACCUCAGCAGCCAUGAUUAAAUAAACUGUAUCUUUUAGCCAAUAGUGUAUUCUAAAAUUAGUGACUCAAAGCUCAUCUCCUUAGCUUACAGGAGGAGUCGGGUUUAUAACGUCAUGGGAGGACAGUUUAGCUUCUAUCGGGCUCGAUUACCUGAGGAAGAGAUGGGGUUUGUUUUCAUCUAUGAACUUCCUUUUUCAUAUGCACAUUACCAAUGUAUUUCGUAAUGUUUUUGUUUCUUGAAAUUGUUUCUAAACUUUACACUGAAAAGGUUUACGUAUAAGAAAUGGGACUUUUGUU